CUCUGGGCUGGGUAUAAAGAGCUGAGGGCUCCACAGCCUCCAUCCACCUUCCUGCACUCGGCUCUGCUCAUCCCUCAGCUCUCCCUGCUGCAGCCAAAGAUGUCCUGCUCCAGCCUGUGUGCUCCCUGCGGGGUGGCCGCCCCGGCCCCGCUGGCCGACACCUGCAACGAGCCCUGCGUGCGGCAGUGCCCUGACUCCACGGUGCUGAUCCAGCCCCCGGCCACGGUGGUCACCUUCCCCGGGCCCAUCAUGAGCAACUUCCCCCAGUACAGCGCCGUGGGCUCGGCAGGAGCCCCUGUUACGGGUGGCUUUGGAGGCCGUGGGGGCUAUGGGGGCCGUGGGGGCUAUGGGGGCCGUGGGGGCUAUGGGGGCCAUGGGGGCUGGGGAGGCUACGGAGGCUACGGAGGCUGUGGGGGCUAUGGAGGCUCUGGAGCCUAUGGCUGCUAUGGCAGCUAUGGGGGCUCUGGCUAUGGUGGCUGGGGCCGAGGCAGCUGUGGGAUCUGCUAA